UGGUACUAGUGACUAGUACACCGUCUGUUGAUAUUUCUCCAUAUCUACCCGAGGUACUACCGUAUAUUUACUGAUACGGUCUCGGUGGAAGAAGCAUCGCUACAGACCUUUGGUUUUCCAGCCAAGGAAUCUUUGCAUAGCUGAAGAACCAUCCCGAUGUGACGCCGACAGAACCGCUGUAGUGAUGGAUGUCUCCUUGACUUUGGUGUUGCUACUGGCCAUUAGCGUCGGCGUAUGCAGAGCCAGCUGUCCUUCUGGAUGGAACGCCAAGGGAACUCACUGUUACAGUGUAAACACCACCGCCAUGAACAUGACAACGGCGAAAAGCUAUUGCCAGGAGAGAUAUGCUACAUUAAUUCCCGUGACUGAUGUGGAUGUGGUGGCCAUGGUGAAAGAUUACUACCCUGAAAGUAUACUUUAUUGGACAGGAGGGUAUUAUGAAAACUCUUCAGCUUUUGAUGGGUGGAUUUGGAUGGACCAAGGAUAUAACAGCAUACAACAAGUUGCUCAAGUGAAUUUUGAAAUGAAUAUGUACCACAAGAGCCUUCUCGAAAACAUAACAUUUUCAUCAGGAAUGUGUGUGGGAUUGAUGAAUGGGUAUCCUCUGAGAAUAAGGAAUUGCACAUUGGCUUUAAGGCCUAUUUGUUCAAGGAGACAUCACACAAGAAUUUGUCCACCUGGAUAUGGAGCCUCGGGUACUAGAUGCUUAUCCCUAGGGCAGUACACUCAUACACAUAAAGAGGCUGAAUCCAUUUGUGGAAAUCGCUUUGGUCAGCUCUUUGAGCCACGCACUCUUUUGGAUCUACAGGAUAUCUACAACUUAGCCACAGAAUAUAGCUGGAACUAUGAUUUGAGAGUUGGGAUAACUUAUAAGGAUAAUGCAUGGAGGUUUGCAUCAGAUGGGGCUCAGAUUCCUGCUGAUAUGUGGAGUUCUAAUUACCCUCUAAUGUGGGACUGCCCCAUGGGAUUCCUGAAUAGAGGAAACAGCUGCUAUAGAAUUUCUGGUGAACAACGGUAUUAUAGUGUAGCUGCAUUAUAUUGUGGUUAUUACUCCUCCCUGCUAUCUUGGUCAUUCAACCAAUCAGUGCUGGUUAAUGAGCUGAGUGAAAAAGGGUACGAGCCAAUAACAUCUGGAGGAAUUCCAUACUGGAUGGGAGGACAAUUUAAUACUACCAUAGGAAUGUGGAUCCUCUCGAAUAAUGAAAACUUAGCAUACCCCUCCAAUGGUUCUCUGUUGGGUGGACUUUGGGAAGUCAACAAUACAGUAGUCGGAAGCGUUUGUACGAUGCUGAACUUAGGAGGACGUUUGGAAAGUAGGACUUGUGGAACUACCUACUCAUACCGCUACAUCUGUGAAACAACGAAAAGCAACAUCGGGAUGAAUUUACCUCGACAUGAUUUCCCCAUUUUGCAACCAACCUGCUUCAUGGAGAACCAAUAUGAUCCACAGUUCAGAAUAUCUCCUGGAAGCUAUGACCCUGAGAAGUUAUCCUUGACAGUUUGCAAAAGCCGAUGCCUUGCAUUAGGUUUCAGUUAUGCUGGUGCUACAUAUGGAAAAUAUUGCUUCUGCUCAAAUAUUCUCACUCUUGAGGCUGUCUCUGCAGGCAUGUGUAACAAAAGUUGCAGCAGCUCUGUUAAUAGUGAGAUCUGUGGCUCUACUGAUGGCAAGUAUAUCAGUGUCAUAAGGGUGGGAUCAGCUGCUACAAGUGGUCAGGCCUUCAUCAGUGGAGUAACCAUCUCUCCUUCACCCUUGCAAGUUAAUGUAGAAGGAACAGUAACAUUCACCACAUCUAUUAAAGUUGGAGAGGGCUCCUUUUACAGAUUGCGAUUUGGUGAAGGAAAUGGAUUCACUUUGGGAAUUAAGUUAAACUUCACCACAGGCCUUCUUUCCACUGGGAUACCCGCAACAAAGUCAUAUAAAUAUUACCACCCAGGGGUUUAUGUUGCUACUGUUAUGUAUUACGAUGAGGAGGGAAUUAAAUCGCCGGCUUAUGAAAGUGUUACGGUAAAUGUUACUAGUUCACCUCCUUCACCUGUGAAAAUUGAUUGCCCUGUGGUAAUAGAGCCAGGAGAGCUGUUCUAUUGCCGCGUUACCCUGUUUUUUGGGAGUUCCCUCGUCAUGUCUUUCACGAGAGGAGAUGGAAGUGUUUCUGAUAACUACUCUCUUCCAGAACCCAGAAUACAGCACAUGGGCUUUCCUGCUCCUCAAGAAGUCAUGGUGGGUAUGACUGGGACAGCAAUGAAUUCAACUGGUGCAGUUAUUAUGCCCUGGACUCGUCUGAAUGAGGACUCAGUUCUUCUUGCUUUUAGUGCCUAUGUAUCAACACCUGGAUUAAUUACUUUUAUGAUUCUUCGUCCAGUUUGCAGUGGAAAACCUGUUUGUCCAACAACGGGCAAAUGUGACUCUUCUUGUGCAGGUCUCAACGGUACUUCCUAUACAUGUCCCUCUGGUUCAUUUUGUGUCCAUGGCCUUUCAUGCUUUGACCAAUCAUCUGCUUUGGGAUCAUGUAAAUACUCUGUUGGACCAAUGCCUGAUAACUACCAAGUUAUUGUACAAGAGAAAGUAACAACUACAGCUGGAUUUAACUACAUAAAAAUUGAUCAAGCUAUUCGCCUCUGGCCACCUCUCCAGCGGGGUGAUGUAGUAGGGUUCAUACCUGGACCUGCUGUUGUUGCAUAUUAUCUUACAUCUAAAGAAUCAGACAUUGGCUUCGCAGCCCCUGGCAGUUAUUUGUCUUCAAAUGGUAAACUCCUUGGCAUUCGUCAUUAUGUCAGUGCCAUUGUUAGCCGGCCUGUUACCUUAGAUCUACCUCAUAAUUACAGCGCCAUCGGUAACUACACCUUUGCUGUUCAAAUACAGAACAGUCUUGGAGUUAUGAGAAACUCCAACAUAAUAGCAUGUCAGAUUCCCAUCAAUUUGGCUCCACCUGGUAUACCCAUUUUUGACCCAGCUCAUGUUACUAUCAACAACUACACAAAAUUGACCAUCCCAGUCAUCAAUGGAUCUGACUUAUUAGUGAUGAUUGAUUGGGGAGAUGGUAUCACUUGGAGAUACUUCGCAAAUCUAACAGAUUACAAUAUCACUGAAGUUCAUCAGUAUAAUAAAGUGGGAGUUUAUAACGUUACGGUUAAGAUCUUCAACAAGCACACUAUUCAAGACCAAAUGCCUUUGGAACAGUGGACCUUCUGGCAUAUAUUAUUGUGCCAGAUUGGAUGUAAUGAUUCUAUUUGGACAUUUGUCAAUACUGGUCCUGUGCUGUGGCCAACACCAGGUAAACUGGAUGUGAAAAUCAGUGCCCCUACUGGUGUUGAGUUACCAACAAAUGCAUCUUUUUCCAUUAAUUUUGGUGAUGGUUUUCAUAGUGGAGGAUCAUACGACCCAGAUGGAACAAAGAUGAUUUGUGGUGGCCCAGGUGUCAUUGGCACACCAUCUUGUUCAAAGGGGUUCAGUUACACAGAGACUAAAGCCUAUGAAAUGGGAUACUACAAUGCCACUUUUAGCUGUAAAAAUAAUGCCAGUAGAUUUGUCAUGACAUCACAGGUAGCUGUGUAUGCUAGCAUUGAAGGAGUUAAUGCAAACCCAAUGUUCCUUCCAUUCCUUCCAGUAGGGGGGGGUACCAAGUUAUAUGAAGGAUAUGGACCAGCACAUGACCAAUUUCCUGUUGAAAGAAAUGUGAGCUUUGUCAUGAAGUUAAAACAGGGGACUGUAUUCUAUUAUUAUGCUAAAUUACUAAAUGGUACCACGCUUGGUAACAGUACAUCAGACACACUGGAUUUAAAAUUUGAUAAGCCAGGAAGAUACACUGUGAAAAUCUAUGCUGUAAACCCUCUGCAAGUCUCAGAUCCAAUUACUGUUACUGUUGAAGUUGCAGAAUCUGUAUCAGAAGUUUACCUUGAUGACUAUAACUUAGUUUCGGAUGCAAACACCAACAAGACAUUCAAAGUUGGCUGGGAGUCCAAAGGAAGUUUUUCAUGUUUCAUUGUAGACUAUUAUGACAACACCCCAGUUGAUGUGUGGCGUACACUACCUGAGGAAUAUGAUGAAUGCCAGAAAUGGCUGGAUAAAAAUGCUGCUGAUCUUGGAAUCAGUUCUACCAUGAACAGAAAAGGUCUUAUUCCAGAGGAUAACCCAUUCAGUUUUGAAACAGAACAUCUUUACGUGGAGAAAGGUUACUAUAUUAUGAGUAUAUAUGCCUUCAACAAAAUGUCUAGCUCAAAUAGAACCCUCAAUGUUACUGUGGCACCGGUACCUUGCACUCCUCCCCUCUUGUAUCUGAAGGAAAAUUCAACAAAAUUUUUUGACCCUGUGACAAUACAGAGAUCUUUUACCAUUCGUGUAGAAUCUGUAUGCAAACUUAACUGUACAAACAGCUUGAAUACCAGCAAAUUUUGGACAGGAGUAUCUAUAAAUGAACAGUGGGGAUAUCCAAUGGUACCAGUGAAUAUGGAUGGCUGGGACUGUCGUAAUAAGUCUAUUCUCUCCAUCCCGCCCCGUACUUUGGAUUAUGGCACUUACAUGUUCACGUAUUCCGUUGUCAUUGAGGACGAGUGGCUGAAAAAAUAUGAACCAGACAUACCUCCAUUCAGAAGGGAGAAAUCAACAUACGUAAAAGUAACAAAAUCACCUUUAGUUGUCAUGAUGAAUCGUGGAGGUUUGGCCAAAUUAGUCUUAGGCUUUAACAAGACCUUCGUUAUCAACCCUGCAGAAUUUUCAUAUGAUCCUGACUGGCCGGAUAUGAAGGACGUUGAUUUCAAGUGGUACUGCCAUAGGAUCAGUCCAGACACUGAAAUACUGCUGCGUGAAGAGAAUGGAUGGCCAACUGAUGGUAUAGUGUCAAAACCUCUUAUAUCUGUUGAAGACGUCACAACUUACGUGUACAACAGUACAACCAAUACAACAGAAGCCGUUGAAGAACCUGACAAUGGAGGGUGCUUUGGAAGAGGACCUGGUCGAAUUAUUGUUGAAGGAGGCACAUUGGAGUUGAAUACAGUGCAGCUAAGAAAGACGAAUGUCACUUAUCGAAUUGUUGUUGUCAUGUCCAAAGAUACUCGGAAGGCUGAAGGAACUAUAGAUGUACAAUUGGUGUCUGGAUCACCUCCAAUGGUGGAUGUCAAGUGCCAAAUUGAAAAAAUGUGCAGAUUUACUUCAGAUGGAAUGUAUAUUAACCCCAGUUCAAGGCUAGCCCUAAUGGGGUCCUGUGAUGAAGAUUGUUAUGGAUUACUUGGCUACUCUUGGUCCAUAUACACAUCUGUGAACGAUACUGCAACUUUAGUGCCAGAUGGAAUAAACUUCAUGGUGAAUCCCGACCAGGCUAACAUGGUUAUUAAGAACGAAUUAUUUACGGCUUACAGCGAUGUCCUUGAGUUCCAUGUGAAACUUACCAUAAAAAGAUAUGUUGACAAAGGAAAAGGUGAAGGAUUAAUGUACCUCUUGAUCAACACACCACCAGGAAAAGGACAAUGCACACUCUCACCGCCUAAGGGUAGACUCUUGGCAGAGAAUCCUUCAGAUAUAGAUCCUACUACAGGUAAACCCAAACUACUUGGUCGAGCUUUAACAGAGGAUUUCUAUUGUGCCUGCCUAAAUUUUGUGGAUGACCAAAAUGAUAAGAUCACAAAGUACACAUUCUUUUUAAAACACCCUGUCUUUGGAUAUAUAAAAAAUCUCAAAUUUGGAGUGGACAACAAGGAUAGAUUUGUUUUCCCAUUUGGAAAUUGGAGUAUGUGGGUAACGAUCACAGAUGAAUAUGGUGCUGCUUCUACCACAUUCAUUUCAAAUUUUACUACAUCUCUUCCAACACAAUCAGAGUAUGAUGCUUGGGCGUCUAAGACGGAAAUUCUCCGGGCAUCUGGUGAAGGUGACCAGGCGAGGCUGUCUCAACUUCUUUUAGCUUCUACGUCCAUUUCCAAUUUCAAACUAGAAAAUGAUGUGAUUCCUUCAACAACCACAACAGCAUCCAGUAUUGGAUAUUUGGCUCCUGCAACUACAACAAUGGAUCCUCUGAUACAGAAAGAGCUGGAAGAAAAGGCGAGGAUAGAAUUAGAAAAAAAGCAAAUGGAAGAAGCCACUCAAAAACAAUCAAUGAUAAGUCAACUUCAGUCUAAUAAUGUAGAUACUCUUGAUGACUGUGCACAGCUUUUGUCCACGAUGGCAUCUAUAAUCGGAAAUGGAGAUUUAGUUGAUAUAAAAGGAAAGGAUGCAGCAAUAAAAGUGAUUAGUGGCACCUGCACAGCCUCUGUCUUGCUGAACACCACCAUCAAUGACCCAAAGGAUGCCGAGAGUCUUGUGUCAAACAACAUGCAAGCGAUUUCUUCUCUUGUGACAGGAACAAGUGACAAAGUCAUUGAGGAUCAAGUUUUACCAUCAGACAUCAAGAACACGGAAAGUGGAGAAUAUAAUGACGUUAAUGUUAAUACAGAAUCUGAGUUAAAAGAACGGGCACUCAAGGUCCAAGAAGAGAAAGCAAGAUCACAAGUGCAAAAUAUGUUGGACACAGUUAAAUUAAUGCAGAAAAAGCUUCUUUCUAUUGUUUUUCCUGGUGAAGCUCCUGUAACAGUUAACACUGAAGAUGGACUGUCCAUGACUCUUGUAAUGAUGAAAGCAUCAGACCUUUUGGGAUAUGAAUUGUGGCAAGGCGGAGGAUUGUACAUAUUUCCUGACAUAUGUGAUAUUCUGAAAGAAGAAAAGAUAUCUCCUGGAAAUUGCUCAUCUACAGAAUCUGGCAAUUUUACUGUUGGCAUCCAAGCAGUUGCAUGGCCUACAAUUUUACAGUCUUUUGGAAAAGGUGCAAAGGAUAAAUUAGAUCGAACCACUAAGACAAUGCAGCUGAGGUUACUCGAGAGAAUAUCGGCAGUAGAUGUAAGAAUAAUUCCAGUGGACAAUUUGGGGUCUGGGAGCGAGAUCAUUAUUUACAUUCCUCGUGGAUCAAGAAAAAAGUCCCAAACACAGUUGUUUGAGCCCAUGCUUGUACAUCCCAGUAAAGUCCUCUCUGAGUCAAUCCCUGAAGAUGGGCCACUUGUUUGCACAUCACUGAAUAUCAGUCAGCCAUACUCAUCUGUCAACAUAGAGCUUGUUCUUGAGACAAGUGAAGCUGAAAUAUCAGUGUUUAUCAGGAAGUAUUUCAAAGCAACUUUAGUGUUUUAUGAUGUGGUUAUUGAUCCGAAGACUGAAGCACGAGUGACGAAUGUUUCUCAGCCUUUAUUAGACGUUAUGGAUCCCUUCACUAACUUGACUAUCAGCAGAGUGUACCAACAGUAUGAUAUAUUUUUAAACGACAGCUUCAUUGGCAAUGACACGGGAGUUUACUUUAUAUGUGUUGGUGAAUUCGCAAAUGGGACAGAUGAUGAGAUAUUUUGGGAAGAACCAGAGAGUUACAAUCUUACUGAAUCAAAUAUGACAAGGCAAUGGACUACCAACUUUACGAUCAGAGCGUACACUUCAUCAUGCCUUUUUUACAAUGCAGAAAAUGACUCAUGGGAUAAUGAUGGCUGUACGGUACAAUAUGCUAACUACUCACACACUAUCUGUUCCUGUAACCAUUUGACCUCUUUUGGAUCAGGAUUCUUCCCGCAGCCAAAUAAGAUUGACUUCAACAAACUUCUCAAUAUGAAUGCUGCAGACAACCCAACAAUUAUCGUUACCAUGAUUGCUACUCUUUGUGUUUACAUAAUGGUUCUUAUCUGGGGAAGGUUUAAGGACAAGGAAGAUCUUACGAAGUUAGGCGCUACACCUUUGCCAGAUAAUGAUCCUAGAGAUAAGUACUUAUAUGAGAUCAUGGUGUUUACUGGAGGUAAUGAAGAAGCUGCCACCAAGAGCAAAGUUCAGUUCUCUCUCUCGGGAGAUGAAGCAGAAUCAGAUGCAAGAACCUUUGAUGACCCUUCACGUCAAAUAUUUAAAAGAAAUGCCGUAGAUAUCUUUGUGAUGGCAGUUCCAAAAACUUUGGGAAAUUUACAGUACCUUAGGGUGUGGCAUGACAACUCUGGCAAGGGUAAAAUGGCAUCUUGGUACUUGAGAUACAUGAUAAUCCGUGAUGUGCAGACUGGUAUGAAAUAUGAUUUUAUCUGCAACAGAUGGUUUGCUGUUGAACAUGAUGAUUCAAAGAUUGAUCGUCUCAUAACUGUAGCUGGAGAUGUCCAAAAGAAGGAAUUCAAACAUCUUUUUAAUACCACCUCUCAUAAGAAUCUUUAUGAUGGACACCUUUGGUUCUCUGUGUUUGUUCGUCCAGCUCGAUCCAGAUUUACUCGUGUUCAAAGGAUAACUGCAUGUAUGGCUCUCUUGUAUCUAAGUAUGGUUACUAAUGCCAUGUUCUUUGGCGUUAUCCCCGAGGAGCCAGGAGCUGGUGGUCUUACUCUUGGACCUUUCUCUGUCAGUCCAGCAGCAAUUGGAGUGGGAAUAAUAUCAAACCUCAUCACCUUUCCACCUACUCUUAUAAUAAUCCAGCUCUUUAGAAAAGCCUCACCAAAGUAUAAACGAGUAUCCAGAAUUCAAAAAGCUAUGGAAAGGCAAAAAGAAGAAAAACGCAGAGAGGCUGAACGCAAAAAGCUACUGAAACGAACAGCAUCCCUUGAUGCUUCUAAAGUAGCUGAAGAUGUUGAAAGCCUGCAGAGGGAACAAUCUGUCAAGUUGACUGAUCCAGUGAUCAAAAAAAAGAAACAAAAGUCCUUCCCAUGGUGGACCUUGUACAUUGCGUGGCUUGUAGCUAUAUUAUCUAUAGCAGCUGGUGGUUUCUUCACUUUUUCAUAUGGAGUGCAGUUUGGAGAAGAAAAGACAAAGAAAUGGCUUGGAGCUCUUUUUGUGUCAUUCUUUUCAUCUGUCCUGUUCACACAGCCAAUUAAGGUAAUCCUCAUGGCCAUAAUCUUCAGUGCAGUUUUCAAAAAGCCAGUUGAAGAUGAAGAUGACGCAGACUUUGAUGAACGGGACCCCAUAUUAGGAGAAGAUGAAGAAUGGAUGCAUGAACUUGGACCAGGUACAAGAGAAAAGAAAAAGAUGUUCAAACCUGUAGAUGAGAAAUUCAUAAAAAGUGCAAAGGUAGAAAGAGAAAAAGAAAUAAAGAUGUGGGAUGUCAUCUACGAUAUAGGAGCCUAUGUCUUCUUCAUAUGGAUUGUCCUAGUCCUUAGUCAUGGAAACAGGGAUCCCAACUCCUUCCUUAUGAAGAAGGAACUUGAGAAGAAUUUUAUUCUUGCCAGCUUAGAGCCAGGUGACGUUACCAGUAAUCUUUACUCAGUACAGAACAAGAGUUUAUUGUAUCAUUGGCUCAAAACUGUAUUUGUUGGUGAGAUUAUAAUGCAGAAGAAUUAUAAUAAUAAGUUCAAUGAUAAAAUUGAGGAUCGGAUUCUCCUUAAUGAUCGUGUGUCUCUCCUCCUCGGGUACUCAACUCUUCGUCAGAUCCGCCUGAAACAAGGCAAUAAUUGUCGACUACCGAAAAUUAUUAAAAAGUAUGUAACUAAAGUGUGUCGUUCAAAGACAUCCCUAAUAGAUGAAGAAGAUGAACAUUUUGACAUUGGUUGGAAGCCAUUAGCUAAGGGUGUUCGAGCUAGAGAAGAAUACACAUUUAAAGGAUCUUUAGAAUUGGAUGGCAUGCCCUUCUGGGGGAAGAUUGAUGUCUACAGUGGUGCUGGAUACCAGGUGAAACUCGUAGGAGUGCAGGAUGCUAUUCUACAAAAGUUGAAUGAACUUGAAGCAAACAACUGGAUUGAUGAGCGAACAAGAGCUGUGUUUGUUGAAUUCGCCAUCUAUAAUGCCCAAGUUAAUCUGUUUGCAGCACUUAGAAUUUGUAUUGAACAAGGUCCAGAAGGUGCCCUUCACCCGUAUGUUAGAAUCAAUCCUAUAAAAUUACUACGAUACCACGAAGGUUUUGGUCUCUUUGUGAUGAUUUGUGAAGGCCUUUUUAUUGCUUUCAUCGUGUACUACACUUAUCGAGAGCUUAAAGAAAUGUGUAAAGCCAAAAUUAAAUACUGGAAGGAUUCAUGGAAUUACCUGGAGGUCAUUGUCAUUUUCCUUGGGUGGGCUGCUGCUGUUUUCUAUGGUAUAAGGACUGCACUUGGUUUAUACCUCAUGAAUAAAUUCAAGACUAACAAGACUGGAUAUAUCAGUUGGAUUAUGCUGCCUAUAUUGAUGAGGUCUUUUUGUACCUUGUUAGCUUCCUUGUGUUCUUUGCUACAUUGAAAUUCAUCAAACUGCUUCGAUUCAACAAGCGAAUAGGGAUGCUUGCCUCUACAUUAAGGCAGUGUGCUGCAGACCUAUCUGGAUUUAUGAUAGCCUUUCUCUUAGCAUUUUUGGCUGCUGCUCAGCUGUUCUUCCUUCUACAUUAUGCACAGAGCUUGAAUUAUAAUACAUUUAUGGCUUCUAUGGAGUCAGCUUUCAGUGCCAUGCUU